AUGCUAUAUCGUUUAUUAAUACACCAAAGUAAUACCGUCAUACGUAAAGCACUAACUAGAUCUAUACUACUUUCCAGAAUACCCAUAAACAGAUCAAAUCAUUACAAUCAUUAUAAUCACACUAUACCCUUCAUUAUUCAAACAUGUUCAUUUUCGAAUUCAAGCAUCUUGUCCAGAUAUUUUCCAGUCUCAAAGAUCGAAAAUUACGAUCCUAGUACUUACAAAACAUUAGCAUUUUAUAAAUUUUAUCCCCUUCCACAAACUCAAUUAGAAGCAUUAAGGGAGAAGCUAUUAGCUGAUUUUGGAGAAUUGGGUAUUGUAGGCAGAAUCUACAUUGCAAAGGAAGGCAUCAAUGCUCAAAUUUCUUGUCCUGAAGAAUGUUUGCCCAAGCUACGAGAAUAUCAUAAAAAUUAUUUGACACCUUUGUUUGGUGGUGAUUUAAUGGACUUGAAUAUAGGUACUGAGCAUGGUAGACGAGCAUUUCGUAGUUUGCAUGUUCGAAUUCGUAAACAGAUUGUUGCAGAUGGUUUAGAUCCCAGUACAUAUGAUUUAAAUAAUAGACCUUCUCAUUUAUCACCUGCAGAAUGGCAUGAAAAACUAACUAACUAUGAAAAGGAGCAUAACAAGAAGCCUGUAUUAAUUGAUAUGCGCAACCACUAUGAAAGCGAUAUUGGUUUUUUUGAAAAUGCGAUUUGUCCUGAUGCAGGAACAUUCAGAGAUAGUAUUAAAGCAAUGAAUGAAAUUUGUGAAAAUUUACCACGUGAUGAAGAGGUAUUUAUGUAUUGUACGGGUGGUAUUCGUUGUACGAAAGCAGGUGCAAUCCUUCAAUCGGCUUCUGGAUUUAAAAAAGUGCAUCUUGUUGAAGGUGGCAUCACAGCUUAUGGUCGAUGGAUUGCAGAGCAAAAAGAUAAGCAAUCAUUAUUUAAGGGUAAAAAUUUCACGUUUGAUGCUCGUAUGGGGGAAAGGAUUACAGACGAUGUCUUUGGAAAAUGCCAAAUUUGUGGACAGCCGUGUAAUCGUUAUCAAAACUGUGCACAUUCUUCCUGUAACAUUAUGAUGCUGUGUUGUCCUAGUUGCGCAUCCCAGUUCUUAAAUACGUGCGCUCGUCUAAAAUGUUAUGAUACAGUGCAUGACUUUUUAACGUCUACUAAAGAACAUUUUAAACCAGCUGGACCUAAUGUAGUUAAUGGUGUACGUGCUUUUACUAAACAAGGUGAGAAUAACAUGGAUGCUUCAUCCAAGCGUAUCGUUGUUGGAAAACAAGGUGAAAGCUGUGAUAAUGAACAUAAUCGUCGUAUGCGUGCUAUUGAAGUUUUAGGUGAACCCGGUGAAGUUUUAAAAGAAUGGGCUAAGGCAGGUCGAGAAUUACCGCCCAAAGCUGAUCGAUCUACAUAG